UAAAUUAAUCUGUUCUUUAGCUAAAACGAAACAUUAUAAGAAAAAUUGUGAUAAAAGAAACUGAAACACACAACAAUUAUUGGAACUAUUUCAAAAUUUAAAGUUAAAACUUUUGAUAUAAAAUUAUGUGGAAAGGGGCCAGAGGAAAUCAAGUAUCCCCCGAUCCCUGGGGUGAUGAUCCAGUUGAAGUUGAGGAAGUGCCCAUGGAACCCCCGUCAUAUAAUGACUGGGACCAACCAAAACAAUCGUACAAUAAACCAGUACAGCAGAAAAAACAGGAAUCAAAAAUAAAAAAUGAAUCAAAGUCCAAUGGUGAAAUUAAAAUGGAAAAUAUUCCUGAAAAGAAAGUUGAAUCAGAAUUCGUUUAUCGAAGUAAAGAAAAAAAGCAAGUUGAAAACAUGGAGGAAGUUGAUACAUAUAUAAACAAAAGAUUCAACAACAGUCAUGCUUGGACACCAUAUCUCUGUGAGAGAAAAAGGGAACUGCUGAUGGCAGGACCAGUGAAGCCAAGCAAAGGUCUCAGACACAGAGUUAAAAAUAGAUGGAACAGCUUUAAGAUAAGCUGGAACGAGUUUUUGUACAGCUUUGAGGUCUGGAGAAAUGCUAUCAAAAAAAUUGAAGGUCAUCAAGGUGCCGGUGUUGCGUCAUAUUUCGUAUUCUUACGCUGGCUUUUCAUUUUGAACAUCUUCAUAUUUCUGCUUAUCUUUUGGGUGAUCACAUUCUUUCAAGUGACGUUUGAUCCUGAGACAACAUAUGAUACAGACCUGACAGGAACUGGAUCUUCAGCCUUUACAACAACUGUAGCCGAGACAUGUACGACCCAGUACAACCCAAAUGUCACCUCUGAUGCUUUGAGCCUUAUAUUGGGAUUUUUUCAAGGAACAGGUUGGAUGGAAGAGACAGCCAUGUUUAAUGGUUACUAUGUAGACAGGAAAGUGAAGCUGGCAGCGUCAAAUUACAACCUUCCAUUAGCAUACUUCCUUGUUACUGUUGCUGUCAUGCUUAUCAGUCUCAUCGUAAUGGUUCGCAAUACCCUUUCAAACUUCAAGGAGACAGUGUUAGCCCAGGAAAAUGCCAAACAAGCCACAUAUUGUAACGGUGUAUUCGCUGGUUUUGAUUAUAGUGUUAUUGAACUUGAAGCCGUGGAACUAAAACAAAGGAGCAUUUAUCGUGGACUUGUGGCUGAUUUGGGAGAACAAAGAUAUGAAAUAGAAUGUCAAAAUCGUACAACAGGACAGAAAUGUAGGCUGUAUACUGUACGAAUUAUUGUCAACUUUAUCAUAAUACUGAUGUUAGCAGGAGCUGGAGCAGCUAUCUACUAUGCCCAGGAUUAUUCUACAGAGUUUACAACAGAUCCGGAUGUGGAGAACAAGUAUCAUUCUCUUGUGAUACUGGUGGUACAGUUUUUACCAUCUAUUGUGAUUGGACUGCUGAACGGAAUUUACCCACUUAUUUUUGACGUUCUUGUCAUUUUUGAAAAGUACAGACCAGCCUUUGUUAUCAAGAUUUCAUUAAUCAGGAUGGUAUUUCUGAAGCUGGCCUCGCUUGCUAUGGUGGUAGCAAGUUUAUAUGUACAAGUAACAUGUAAUGAUCAAAAUGCCUGUCUUAUAGGACAAAAUAGCUGUCCAGCUAUUGAGUGUUGGGAGUCCUAUGUUGGUCAGGCUGUGUACAAACUGGUAGUGAUGGAUUUCCUGAUAAAUGUUGGGGUUACCCUUGGCGUAGAGUUACCCAGGAAAUUAAUUACAACAAAAUGUGAAUGUGGGUUGUUCAAGAAAGUAGGUCCAGCUAACUUUGAUAUCCCAAAGAAUGUUUUAGACCUUGUCAAUACUCAAACACUUUUGUGGCUGGGAUUUUACUUUGCACCACUGUUGUCUGCUGUUUGUAUUGUGACAUUCUUCCUUGUCUUCUACCUUAAAAUGUUGUCAGCAAUGUAUAAUACAGUGCCUCCUGAGAAACCCUACCAGGCUUCAAAAUCUAACUCCUUCUUUACUGUGAUUCUGAUGAUAGCAUUCUUCCUCAUCUGUGUACCUGUUGGGUAUACGUUAUCCAACAUGGACCCAUCACCUAUGUGUGGACCAUUUAGGAUAUAUAAUAAACCAUCAGACAUUAUUGAUGUACAGAUUAACAAUGCUGCUUCCUGGUUCCAGACAGUAUGGAAUAUAGUAACAUCUGCUGCUGUUGUGUCAAGUCUUCUUAUACUGUUGUUAUUAGCAAUCUACUAUUGUUCAGCAUUAAACUCGGCACACAAAGAUCUUGUUGAAAAUAUGAAAGAUCAGUUAGUAUUAGAAGGAAAGGAUAAACAAUAUCUGCUGUCAAGAAUUGCAGAGCUGACAGGAGAACCUCCUAAAAAACAACCACCUCCUUAUCAAAAACCUCAGCUUAAAACAAUUAAUGAGACACCCCCACCACCUGUUGUAAAAGGGAAGAGCAAACCUGUGAAGAAUUCAGAUUUUCCAGAAAAGAAUGGAGAUAUUGGAGUAGAGAAAACAGAAGAAAUAAAUUUGUAUGGAAAAGAAAAGAGCAUAAUUCUCUCACCAGUGAAUGGUGUAGCUCCUCAACCAGCAUUGUACAAAAAUGAAAAAGAUGUAAAACCUGUGACACCAGCUGCUGAUUUCCGUGAAAACACCUGGAAUAAUCCGUCUCCAGACACCUCCCAUUUUGUCAACAAGUCCAGCCCUCCUCCAGUCGUCCUACCAGUGAAUACCAGAUCCUCUCCACCAGCAAAACUGGUAUCUACGGCAGAUAAUCAACCUUCUCCUGUAAAUAACACACCUAGUUACAGGGCACCAGUUCUAAAAAGUGAUCCUGUGAAAGAUUCUACACCAAACAAUGGACAUGGGUCAUCUCCCCUGUUUGCAAACAACUCUAGUAAAAAGACGGCAAAAGAAGCCCUGGAUGACUGGUAGACUAAAUACACAUACUUUGUAAUAUACAGUGAUGUAGAACAAUAUUUUGUGAUAAUUUUUUUCUGUGAUAUUUUUAUUUAACAUAAGGUAUUACAUUUGUUUACUAGUAUUAUAACUAGUAUUAUAUUUUUAUAAGAACAUUUUUUCUCUGAAACAUAUGAUAAGCAAUUAUUUCUUUCAUUCCUACCAGAAAGUUGGAAAAUACAUUUGAUUGGUCAUCAUAAUGUUUGGGUAUAAGAAACUGAAAUUAAAUAUAACCAUAGGUUAGGACAAUAAAUUGUAACAUUAAUGAUUUGGGUUAUGACAGGCUGUUUACAGUAAUUUGAUUUGUGAAUAUAUUAAACAUGUGAUGGAAAUAUUCAUAAUGUAAAAUAUAUGCAAUAACUUGUAAAGAGCUGCAUAUAAUGUGUGAUUUUGUUCAUUCUCUUUAACUUUCAGUUUACCAUUACCAUGCUUGAUAUCUUAAAUGGACUUGCCCAUUCUUUUAUUAUGAACAAAACCAUUUACCUUUUGU